ACGUCACACGGUGACCCCUGGAAAUGUCCGAGGUGACCAGUACAACUGCCCGUGUGCCGCUGACGUCAGAACUCAGUAACGAGGUCCGCGAUAAAGUCAGCGCCUACAUGGACCAGAUGUUCCAGAACUUUCAGCGGAAGGUGGGGGAGACGGUCCGGCUGAUAUGUGACCACCCCGUGACACAUGCUGUCCAGGCUGAGCUACCAGAGUCCACCUUGACCUGGAGCUUUAACGACGACUACUUUCUCAUGGACCCUAGCCGUGUGUUUUAUUAUAAGGGCAAUUUGGACAUAACAGACCUGACCCCCGGGGACACGGGGGUGUAUGAGUGUGUGGUCAAGUGGGGGAGUGGCAACACACAGGAGAAUAUAACUGUAGGGGUGUAUAGCCUGCAGGUUGAGACCCAGACACCCACCCGCUACAUUUUCGAGAAAGAGCCAGCCCGACUGGACUGCCAUAGCGGCUGCCUGGGGCGGCUGUUCCCCGCCUCCACACGCCGCUGGCUGCUCAACGACACCUUCGUCAACACCAAGGUACUCACCCUGGCCGACAACACCACAGUUGACGUCAUCGACGCUGUCGGCUACAGCGACUCGGGGGUCUGGGAGUGCCAGGUGACCCACUCUAGGACCAACCGGACCUGGGACACAGCUUGGAUGUUCCUCUCCGUGGACAAGCCUCCCAUUUUUCUGGCCCGCUGGUACCGUACCCUCCACGACAACAUGGGUAUCGUCAUGUUCAUCAUCAGCCUGACAAUCCUCAUCGCCCUCAUCCUCUUCCUCUUCUCCGCCCACAAGCUGAAGGAGAAGGAGGAUGAGUCUGACGACCAGUUCAUCCACGAGAGAAACGGAUGGGAGACAACUCUGUCCAAAUUUGUCGAGAAAGGGGAGGUCACUGUGGAUGAUAUUAAAGAGAAAAAAGACAAGAAGGAAGAUGGUAAAAGCAAGAAAGAAGAUGAAAAAAAGACGGAUGAAAAUAAAAAAGAUGAAAGUAAGGAAAGUGAUGAUGAAGAUGAUGAUGAUGUUGAUGAUAAGAAAAAGAAAGAGAAGGAUAAAAAGAAAAUAAAGGGUAAAACUGAAAAGAAAAGUAAUAAAAGCACGUCAGAAGAUGAGAACGAAAAUGCUUUUUCGUUUGACACCAAUUUUUCAUCUUCAAAGCGUAGCAAAUCUACUUCCUACUUCACGACGCCGGCAGAACGAGACUUGGCGAGAUCUUGGCCUCGGAGCAGCAAAUCUCGUGACAGGAAGUCGAAGAAAAACCGGAAGUCGUCCGGGUUUACCGUCUACCCGGCGGUGACGAGGGACCUGGCGCUGAGAUGGCUGGUCAAGAACUGCCCCCACCUGCGACAGCUGGACGCCGCCAUGCAGAACUCGUCUAACCUCCCCCUCUUCGAUCUGUCGCCAGACCUGGAACCGCUCCUGUCAUCGUCGUCUGAGACCAUAGACUUCGUGGAUUCUUCCACCACAGAUCUGCUGGAAUCCUCCACCACCUCAGAGUUUAUCGAUUCCUCCCGCAACAACGGUCGUCCAUACCCCGGGGAUGAAACAGUGAGAAAACUAAACACUGAAACGCCGGCUUUUGUCGCUGAUCACCGCGAUUCUCGCCUGCACGAUGAUACCGAAUCGAUUAUUGAUGGAAUCGAUUCUUCGAAAGCCACACACGGCUCCCAACUUAAACGGUUGGUUGAGGGUGGGAAGAAUUCUUUUCCAGUCCUCCCGUCUUGCUCCGCUGUUCAAAGGCUAGCGAACAGCGGGGCGCGCGGUGAUAUCAGCGGGUCUCACGCUCCGCAUCAAAGACAGCAUGCGGAUUACAGAGGUCAUGUAGCAAGCUUCAACGGUCCUCAGGUUAACUAUGGCGGGCUACCCUAUUUUUAUAGGACGGCGCAUGUCGAUGAAGAUUUAUUUUAUUUAAACGACGUCGAAUAUGACGCAGAAAACUAUGGGGGUUAUGUGGACGACAGCGGGUCUCAUACGAAAUAUGAAGUGGUUUAUCCAGAAUUUUCAGGCAGGACACGAGUAAAGCCCAACAGAGUAAAAUCUGACCGAGCAGGCAAAAUAAAAAAAUCCAAAGUGCAUCAAGGUAUGCGGUAUCAAUACCUACCACAAGAAGACACGGUCUGAAUGAAGUAAUAGAUUGACCGUGGAAUUAACGUAACACAGCAUGCCAAAUAGAACCUGGAUCAUUAAUUUGUUUCUGAGAAGCUAUGACAGAACUCAGCGAGCAGUUGUGUAAGGGGUUUUUAAAAAUAUUUUUUUCGGUGUUUUUGUUUUUUUUGUGCGGCGUUUCGGUGUUUUGCCGUCUGGGUGUUUCGGUCUGUGGACAAGCCCCCGCCGCAACAAAGGGGAGAUCAGUCUUUGUGAUAACUCUGUCCCCGGCGUGGUGUGCACCGGUUGCACCGUCGCGAUGAAAUUUAUCGCUGCGCGCGAACAAAACGCGAAGGUUUUGUCUUGGAAAAUUUAUUGGCUGUAGCAGUGGUGAGCGAGGUUAUGGUCGCGGGAUGUGGACAUUUUUUUUAUUAAACGGGCCAAUUAACAGGGGGAAAUUCCUACAAAUGUAUAUGUGAUAGAGUCAAGAUAUACUCAGGUAAAAAAGGGGUACCGCUGUGACGGUCUAAUCUAAGGGAAUCUGGGGAGGUAGGUAUGGCUGGAGUUACCUGAAGUAGGUGUGAAGUAAUUUGGCACGGCGCAGUUAAAGAUUUUGUA